UUACCAGCUGCUAUAGCUGCUCCAACACCUUUUUCAGCUUUAGUACAUUCUUCUACAUUUGUUACAGCUGGUGUUUAUUUAUUAAUUCGUUUUAAUAGUUUAUUUGUUAAUACUUAUUUGUCAAAAUUAUUAUUAUUUAUUUCUGUAUUAACUAUAUUUAUAGCUGGUUUAGGUGCUAAUUUUAAAUUUGAUUUAAAAAAGAUUACUGCUUUAUCUACUUUAAGACAAUUAGGUUUAAUAAUAAGAAUUUUAUCAAUAGGGUAUCCAAAAAUAGCAUUUUUUCAUUUAUUAACUCAUGCUUUAUUUAAGGCUUUAUUAUUUAUGUGUGCAGGUUCAGUAAUUCAUAAUAUAAAAAAUAAUCAAGAUAUUCGUUUAAUAAGAGGUUUAUUUACUUGUAUACCUUUAACUAUUUCUUGUAUAAAUGUUGCUAAUUUAGCUUUAUGUGGGAUACCAUUUUUAGCAGGUUUUUAUUCAAAGGAUUUAAUUUUAGAAUUGGCUACUUUAUCAAUUUUUAAUAUUUUAAUAUUUAUAUCUACAGGAUUAACAGUUUGUUAUACUUUUCGUUUAAUUUAUUUUACUAUAAGAGGUGAUUUUAAUUUUAGUAGUUUAAAUUCAGUUAGAGAUGAAUAUUGAGUUAUAUUAAAGGGUAUAUUAGGUAUAUUAUUUUUAGCUAUUAUAGGAGGAUCAAAAUUAAGAUGAUUAAUUUUAAAUACUCCUGUAAUAAUUUGUUUACCUUUAGAGUUGAAAAUUUUAGCUUUAUUAGUAAGUAUUUUAGGUGCUUAUUUAGGUUAUGAAUUAUAUCAAUAUAAAAUUAGAUGAAAUUUAAUUAUAAUAAAUAAUUAUUAUAUUUUGAAUUUUGUAGGUAAUUUAUGAUAUAUACCUACAAUAAGAACUAUUGGUGUAAAUUAUUAUAGUUUAAAAAUUGGUUAUAAAAUUGUUAA